AUGUCUGGUCCAGUUUCAUUUCUUGCCUCUUCGAUUGGUACUACUGAAGAUGCCAUAAGACUUUUGUUGUCCUUGUUGGCAGGAUAUCCCUUAUCAUUUAUGUACAGAGCUUAUUUAUAUCAUCAACCAAAUAUAUAUAAACAUCUUUAUUUUAUUGUUAUUGGUCUAUGUUUAGCAGUAUUCAAUUUUGGUUUUGAUGUAUAUCAUUCAUUUUUGAAUAUAGUUUUAAUAUAUGUUGUAUUAUUAGUUACUCCUGGUACUAAAUUAUCUGUAGGACUAGCUUUCUUUAUUAAUACUCUAUAUCUGACACUAGGUUAUAUAGCACAUUCUACUGAUACAUAUGAUUUUAAAUGGACUAUGCCACAAUGUGUUUUAACUUUAAGAUUAACAGGUGUUGUGUUUGAUGUCUAUGAUGGACGUAAAAAGAGUGAGUUAUCAGCUGAGCAGAAAGAAACUGCUUUAACUAAAGUUCCCAGUUUAGUAGAAUUAUUAAGUUUAUGUUACUGUUUUGGUGGUUUUAUGAUUGGACCACAGUUUUCUAUGAAGAGAUAUUUAGAUUUUAUCAAUGGUGCCUUUUCUCAUCCAAAGACUGGUCAAGCACCAGAUAGUAUCCAGCCAGGAUUAAAGAGGUUUUGUUUAGGUACAUUAUAUAUAGCUAUAUAUCAGAUAUUAGGAAUGUUUGUAUCAGAUGAUUUUCUUCUAUCAGAAUCUUUUCAGAAUCUAGGAUUUUUAUAUAAAUGUGGGUACAUUACUGUAUGGGGUAAAAAUUUAUUAAAUAAAUACAUUGGAUCUUGGUUACUAGUUGAAGGCAGUAUAACUAUUCUAGGUUUAAGUUAUAAUGGUAAAGAUAAGAAUGGUAAUGAUCUAUGGAAUGGUUGUGCUAAUGUUAGAACACCAGAAUUUGAAUAUGCUAAUACAUUCCGUGAUUUAAUACAUUGUUUUAAUUACAAUACAAAUCAGUGGAUGGCCAAAUAUAUUUUUAAAAGAUUACGGUUUUUAGGAAAUAAAUUAAUUUCACAAGGUGUCACAUUAGCUUAUUUAGCUUUCUGGCAUGGUCUACAUUCUGGUUAUUAUAAUUGUUUUCUACUAGAAUUUCUAAUGACUAAUAUGGAAAGUCAGCUUGUAAGCUUAAUAUUAAAGAUAGAAAUAGUGAAAACAUUCCAAUCUAAAGACUAUAUGAAACCAGUGUUAUGGAUAUUAAGGAAAAUUCUUAUUACAUUAUCCAUGGGUUAUGCCUUAGUUAGUUUUGGUCUUCUUAUUACAAGCAAAUAUUACCAGAUAUAUGCAGGAAUGUAUUUUAGUUUACAUAUAGUAUUUAUUUUCUGGCCAGCCGUAUAUUUUAUACUUACUACAUAUGUUAUACCAAGGAAAAAAAAAUAUGUCGUGGUACCAACCAACGAUGUAACCACCACUUUACAAGAUACUCCAAGGUUUGUCUAA